UAAUUAUAAACAUUAAUGAGCUUCGGGUAUGAAAAUUUGAUUUAUCGAGUAGAGUGUACUCAUAAUUUCAAACAUUUGGUUAAUCUUAAGAAUUAGAAAACAUUUUAAAAAAUAAUAACCCAACUUUAGAAGAAUUGUUGGAAAGAGACAAUUUCUUAUUUGACAUUAAAGCUGGAGCUAUGAAUGCUUUUACUGAGUUGUAAUAAAAUGUAUUAAUAUAAGCGUAUGGAAAUAACCUGAGAAUUUAGAAAAGAUGAUUCACUAUAUUAUCGUUACAAAUGAAUAGAUGGAUGAUAAUGAGAAAAGUCGAAAAUUUCCUUAUAUUAUAAGUGAAAUAUUUGCAUUAGAAAACACAAGAUUAUUUGAUUUAUUAUUCUUGAGACAUAGAAAUGAAUCUUAAUCCUCAUUAUUAAGCAAUGAAAGAUUGGUUUUCAUAAAAAUCUAAAAUAGACUACCAUAGAAGAUGAUAUUUUGCCUGAGUAUCAAAUGCAUCAUGAAGAUCAAUGUAAAGAAGAAGAUGAUUUUAAUAAUAAUGGAGGUGGCAUAUCUGGAACAUCAAGUUAGUAUAUGAAAAUAUCAUAGUCUAGUGUGCAUCUUUUAAAUCUAAAUCAGGAAUGCACUUAAAUGAAAAUGUAAGGUUAAAUAUAUUAAAUGCAUUUUUUAAAUACUUAGAGACUCCCAAUAUUAAUGACACAUCAAUGGGAUAUUAUGCUAAAAUUUUGAAACCUGUAGCUGGUAAAUAUGGAGGCGAAGUAUUAUAACUCUUAUAAUUUUAGUUUUGGGAUCAUAUUGUGGUUAAUAAUAACAUCAUAAGUGAUUUACUUCAGCAUAUUAAUCAUUAUUAAAUUGUAGAAAUUGUGGUUAAACUAUUAAUUUUAGAUUAUAAAAUUAAUGAUAAUAUAUACAUCAACCAAAAAUGUUAUGUAUUCAUUAAACAUAAGCAUAGAAGAAUUAUAGAAAAUAGCUUUUAGAAGAAAUGAUACACUAAAUGGAUAAGUUUUGCGAUAAUAUUACAGUAUUUUUAUAUCUUUACUAAUUAGAUGGUUGCAGAUAUUUCUUAAAUAUUUGAUUUACUUUUAGAAUAAGGUAUUUAAUAAAAAUUGUAUGAAUCUCUAAGAGAAUUGUUUGACAAUGUCUUAAAGCCAUAUUAUUUUUUUAAAAUUGCUGUAAUAAUUAUUAUUAUUAAUAAAUUUAGAAAAAAACAGGAGUGCUUACUGUUUAUAAAGUAUUCUCUAAAAUCUUAUUAUUUAUAUAAGUUAAUUCUUUAUAAGGUAUUUAAAUUAUCAUGUAUUUAGAUUAGAAGACUUCUGAUUUAAUAUAGAUUAUUUAAUAAAUCAAUCCACUCAUAAUUUAAAAUUUGGAAGAUUAAAAAACCUUCGGACUCAAAAACUUAUAUCUUAUUUAAGCUCUCGAAGUUUGCGAUAAGUAAUAAAUAUUAAAAUAGAUAAAUAGAUUAAAUAAUCCACUUUUAUUUGAGUCUAUGUUUUAGGCUCAAUUGUAUUAAAGUUUAAUUGAAUAUGCAAUAUAGUAUGAAUGGAAUAAUUAGCUUUAAAUUUAUGUGACUUCAAUAAUAAAGUCUAGAAUUUAAGAUGAAAAAUAUUGCCAGAGAAUUCUAAAGGAAAGUGACAUCUUGAAUUAAAUCAAAAAAAACUUGAUUGAAUAACCAAUGAAUUCAAGUUUUAGAUCAAACUGUAGUCAUGGAUAUAAUGGAUUUUUAAAAACAGUGGGUUACAAAAUAUUAUAAAAAUAAGGAGCAAGUAAAAAAAUAAAUUAGCAAAUAUAAGAGCGUAAUAAUAUAUAUGAUAAUUAGAACAUGGAUAGGUUAUAGAAGCAUUAUAAAGAUUGUAGUAGCUUGAAAAAACUUAUUUGUGUGAAGUAGAUCCAAAAACACAUAUGUAAGAAGCACCACCAGAAAUCAGUAUUGAUAGAUAAAUAGAAAUGCUUAUAGAUUCCUAAAAAGAAAAAGAGGAUCAGAUUAUAAAAUCAGAGCAAUAAUGA